AUGCGUCUUGCAUUCCACAUUCCCGACCUUUCGUUGGAGAACGCGAACGCUUAUUUACGACCACACCUAUUCUCACCCACCCUCCACCCACUGGCCUACUCUCACCCGCCCUCCACCCCACACACUGUACACUCAUCCGCCCUCCACCCACACCCACCUACUCUCAUCAGCCCUCCAACCCACAACCUACUCUCACCCACGUUCCACCCAACUCACCAAUUUUUACCCACCAUUCAACCAUACACACCUACUUUCCCCCACCCCCAACCCACACACGCCUAUUCUCAUCCCCCCUCAACCCCACACACAUACUCUCAUGCACCCUCCACCAACACGCCUACUCUCAUCCACCCUCCACCCUACACACCUAUUCUUACCCACCCUCCACCCCACACACCUAUUCUCACCCACCCUCCCCACACCUACUCUCACCCACCCUCCACCCCAUACACCUACUUUCAUGCACCCUCCACCCACACACACCUACUUACAUCCUCCCCACACAUCUACUCCCCUCCACCCACACACACCUACUCUCAUCCCACACAUCUACUCUCAUCCACCCUCCACCCCACACACCUACUCUCCCCCACCCUCCACCCCCACACACCUACUCUCAUCCACCCUCCACCCCACACACCUACUCACCCCCACCCUCCACCCACACACACCUACUCUCAUCCCACACAUCUACUCUCAUCCACCCUCCACCCCACACCCACCAACUCUCAUCCACCCUCCACCCCACACCCACCUACUCUCAUCCACCCUCCACCCACACACCUACUCUCCCUCACCCUCCACCCACACACACCUACUCUCAUCCCACACAUCUACUCUCAUCCACCCUCCACACCACACACCUACUUUCAUGCACCCUUCACCCACACACACAUACUUACAUCCACCCCACACAUCUACUCCCCUCCAUCCAAACACACCUACUCUCAUCCAUCCCACGCAUCUACUCCCCUCAACCCACACACACCUCCUCUCAUCCCACACAUCUACUCUCAUCCACCCCACACAUCUACUCCCCUCCACCCAAACUACUCACAUCCACCCUCCACCCAAACACACCUACUCUCAUCCACCCUUCACCCAACAUACCUACUCUCAUCCCACACACCUACUGUCAACCACCCUCCACUUCCACACACCUACUCUGACCCAACCCCACCCCCACACACCUACUCUCAUCCACCCUCCACCCACACACACCCACUCUCACCCACCCUCCACCAGCACACCUAUUCUCACCCACCCUCCACCCACUCGCCUACUCUCACCCGCCCUCCACCCCACACACUGUACACUCAUCCGCCCUCCACCCACACCCACCUACUCUCAUCAGCCCUCCAACCCACAACCUACUCUCACCCACGUUCCACCCACACUCACCAAUUUUUACCCACCAUUCAACCAUACACACCUACUUUCACCCACCCCCAACCCACACACGCCUAUUCUCAUCCCCCCUCAACCCCACACACAUACUCUCAUGCACCCUCCACCAACACGCCUACUCUCAUCCACCCUCCACCCUACACACCUAUUCUUACCCACCCUCCACCCCACACACCUAUUCUCACCCACCCUCCCCACACCUACUCUCACCCACCCUCCACCCCACACACCUACUUUCAUGCACCCUCCACCCACACACACCUACUUACAUCCUCCCCACACAUCUACUCCCCUCCACCCACACACACCUACUCUCAUCCCACACAUCUACUCUCAUCCACCCUCCACCCCACACACCUACUCUCCCUCACCCUCCACCCACACACACCUACUCUCAUCCCACACAUCUACUCUCAUCCACCCUCCACACCACACACCUACUUUCAUGCACCCUUCACCCACACACACCUACUUACAUCCACCCCACACAUCUACUCCCCUCCACCCAAACACACCUACUCUCAUCCAUCCCACGCAUCUACUCCCCUCAACCCACACACACCUCCUCUCAUCCCACACAUCUACUCUCAUCCACCCCACACAUCUACUCCCCUCCACCCAAACUACUCUCAUCCACCCUCCACCCAAACACACCUACUCUCAUCCACCCUUCACCCAACAUACCUACUCUCAUCCCACACACCUACUGUCAACCACCCUCCACUUCCACACACCUACUCUGACCCAACCCCACCCCCACACACCUACUCUCAUCCACCCUCCACCCACACACACCCACUCUCACCCACCCUCCACCAUCACACCUAUUCUCACCCACCCUCCACCCACUCGCCUACUCUCACCCGCCCUCCACCCCACACACUGUACACUCAUCCGCCCUCCACCCACACCCACCUACUCUCAUCAGCCCUCCAACCCACAACCUACUCUCACCCACGUUCCACCCACACUCACCAAUUUUUACCCACCCUCCAACCAUACACACCUACUUUCACCCACCCUCAACCCACACACGCCUAUUCUCAUCCCCCCUCAACCCCACACACAUACUCUCAUGCACCUUCCACCAACACGCCUACUCUCAUCCACCCUCCACCCUACACACCUAUUCUUACCCACCCUCCACCCCACACACCUAUUCUCACUCACCCUCCACACACCUACUCUCACCCACCCUCCACACCUACUCUCACCCACCCUCCACACCUACUCUCACCCACCCUCCACACCUACUCUCACCCACCCUCCACACCACACACCAACUCUCAUCCACCCUCACACCAACUCUCACCCACCCUCCACCCACACACGCCUAAUCUCAUCUACCAUCCACCCUCACACACAACUACUCACAUCCAACCAAUCCACCCCCACAAACCCACUCUCACCCAUUUUCCCACCCACAUACCUACUCUCGUCCGACACCCUUCACCCCUUGCAUUUUUACACAUGCCUUGA